AUGGACCGCAUCACACACGGAAUGGCCAGGAUUAUCGACCAGACAGUCGAGACUGGCAAACGCGUCAAAGCCAUCAAGAGAACUGGCAACGGCGCUGAGACAGAACCAACGGCCAUGUGGGAACAUCUCGCCUCGGGCCCCUUCAAAGGCGGACAGUCUUUCUCAGACCUGCCUAUCCGCCGGUGUGUAUAUCCCUCCUACGGUAUCAACACCCCGGACGCCCCGGGAACCAUGAUCGCCUCGUAUAAAUGGGCUCAGGACAGUGCUCGUCUCGGCGCCUACUGCUCCGGCGAUGCGAAACAGAACAUUGUAGACGUUGCCCUCCGCAACCUAGCAGCCAUGCACAACAUAACGUAUUAG